AUGGGUAACUCAAUACCAAAAUCAGAGGAAGACCUUCAUAAAGAUUUUCUCUAAAAAAAUAAUUAUGAAUAUGUAAAGAUUAUGUCAAAAACAGACUUUUCUUCAGAAAUUAUAGCAUUUUCUUAGAAGUUUUAAUGCUGCGUUGCGAUAAAGAUUUUUAAAAUGCUAAAUGGAUAAAAGGAUAUUUAGGUUUACAAUUACCAAUUAAACCUUAUUUAAUCUCUUAGAGACCAAAGAUACGUACUAAAGAUUCUUGAUUAUUUUCAAGAUAUAAAAAUAGGAUUAGCUGCUAUUGUUAUUGAGCAUUGUUAUUGUAACUUAUCAAAUAUUUUGGAACUAAAUGAAUUGAAUCACAAAUAAAUUUAAGCGAUUUCCUACCAAAUUUUAAAAGGACUGUGCAUUCUAAUGGAAAAGGAUAUUGUUUAACAUACUAUAUUAGCAAAGGAUAUCUUGUACUGCAAGAAAAGAAAUCAAUUUUUUAUAGAUUAUGAUCUAUCAAACAUCUUUUUUGGGAGCUAACCAAAUGAUAAAAUUACAAAAAAGGUUGAUUUAUUCUCAUUAGGUUUAAUAUUUUUAGAAUGCUUCCUUUAAAGGACCCUCACUGUAAAUGAAUAGAUAGCUUUGAAAACUCAGAAUAUAUUUACUGUUUUACCAAUCCUAAAUAACUCAUAACAUAUUCUAUUCUUAAACAAGAUUAUUACUAAAAUGAUAGAUUUAAAAAAUGAUAUUAAUAUAGUUGAUCUACUAUCAGAGUUAAAUACCUUUGAAAUAGAUGAGAAUUGCCUAAAACAAAUAAGUGUGUAAAAUAGAAUUUUAUGUGUUAACAAAAUUGACGAUAUAAUUUAAGCAAUUGAUUGUGAUACUCUAAAAAUCGAUCUUAGUCAGAAUUAUUUUGGAGAAGAAGGAACUAAAAAUAUAGGAAUAAACUUAGAAAAAUGCCAAAAUUUAACUUAUUUGAGUCUUAAACUUUACAAAAAUAAUCUUAGUGCAGAAGGAUUAAAAAAUAUUGUGAAGAGCUUGGAAAAAUGCCAGAAUAUUUCCUUUUUAAACCUCGAUUUAGGUAACAAUGAUUUUGGCUAAGAAGGGUUAGAAAAUUUAGGAAUGAGUUUGUCAAAGUGCCAAAAUAUUGCUAAUUUAAUUCUUGUAUUAAAUAAUAAUAAAAUAGGAAUAGAAGGAGCAAAAUAUAUCAGUAAAAGCUUAGAAAAAUUAGAAAAUCUUGAGUGCUUGAAUAUAAGCUUAAAAGAUAAUGAAGUUGGAACAUUAGGAGCAUCAUAUAUUUAAGAAAGUUUAGAAAAAUUGAAGAAAAUCACCUCAUUAAGUAUUUCACUUAAUAAUAAUUUGAUAAACUCUGAGGGUGCAUAAAAUAUUGGAAUAAACUUAGAAAAGUGUAAACAAAUCACUACUUUAAAUCUAGAUUUAUCUUAGAAUAGUCUUUUUGAGUAAGGAAUAAAAUAUUUAUCUAUGAGUUUAGAGAGUUGCCAGAAUAUAAAACACUUGAAUCUCAACUUGACAUAAAAUAAUAUUCAAUAAUAAGGAGUAAAAUAUUUAGGAUUGAGCUUAGAAAAGUGCUAAAAUAUAAGCUAUUUAAUCCUUAACUUAAAUCGUAAUAAUCUUUGUAGAGAAGGAAUAAAAAAUUUGGCAUCUAGCUUAGAAAAAUGUCAGAAUAUUACAUUUUUGUAGCUUUAUCUUAACUGGAAUUUAGUCGACAAUCAAAGUUUAAAAUAUAUUGGUCUUUGUUUAGAAAAAUGCCCAAAAAUACAAUCUUUGAAUCUCAGUUUCUAUUUGAAUAAUUUGACAAGUGAAGGAUUAGAUGAUUUUGGAGAAAGCUUAAGAGUAUGUUAAAACAUGAUUUUUAUAAGUUUAAAUUUAGGUGGAAAUCAAAUCAGUGAUGAAGAAAUAUCAAGCCUAAGUAAAGCUUUCGCAAAUUGUACUAAUCUUGAAAAUUUUAACCUUAAUCUUGGUUUCAAUUAAAUUGGUACAUAGGGUGCAGUAAAUCUAGGAAAUGCUUUAGCAAACUGUAUUAAACUAAAAAAUUUAAUAAUUGAUCUCAGUAAUAAUUCAAUUGGUGCCUAAGGUGUAUAAGGGUUAGGCUCUGCUUUAGAAUUCUGCACCAAUCUCUCAAAUUUGACACUAUUUCUCUUUGACAAUAAAAUUGGUGAAAAGGGUGCUUUAAUAUUAGGUUCUAAUUUAGCAAAAUGCACAAAUAUUUCAUAAUUGAAACUUAAUCUUAAUAACAACUAAAUUAGUGGUGAGGGUGUAAAAGGUUUAGUUCUAGGUUUAAGUAAUAAUAUUAAUCUCUAAGAUUUAACACUAUAUCUCAG